AUGGCAAAGAUGAGACAAGUUUUAAAUAUUUACAAUAGCCGUAAACAAAAAGGUUUGGGAAACCACUCCCCCGAAGAAAUGAAAAACAACCCUGACUUAGAGAAAGACUAUAUAUUUAAUAGUUUAGUCAAAAGAGACAAACAAGAAAGAAUGCCAGGCUUCAAACUUAAGAAAGGUGACAAAGUAAAAAUAGAAAUACCUAAACGCGACCCAUAUGAAAAUACUAUUGACUAUGACAACAAUGGGAACUCGACAGGUACUCGCAUUCGUGUUCGUAAAAAUAGAAGAAAGUAUACAAGAGAAUAUUAUGAAGUUUUAGGCAAACAUGGCAAAAUGUACAGACUGCAAGCAGAAGAUAAAACUACUAUUGUCAGACCUCGUUUCAAACUUGUCAAAGUUCAAGGUGGUAUACUUUCAAAGACAGUUCCUAACAAAUAUAAGACAACUCCUGACGAAUAUGCUAAAGAAGUUGAAAAUGACGACUAA